UGUCAAUUUUGACAUUUCAUUAAAUUAUUUUUAUAGCAAGAAAGCAUUAGUUUGACUGUUUGUUGUAGAAAUUCAGCGGUUUAAUAAUUCACUGAAAUGACGUUCCAACUUAUCGGUCAUAUGCCUGCAUGCAAUACUCUAGAAGAUACUCUAAAGGAGAUGUUGAAUGUUGCUUUUGACCAGACUGAGAAAGUCGUUCAGGAGUCAUCUGCAAAGCUUAUAGAGGAGUUUAAAAAGUCAUCCAAUAGUAAAAUAAGACAACUGGCUAGCAGUAGGACUAUUUUCAAGGCUAGAAGGUUUGCGCGUUAUCGUCCAGGCGAUUCAUUUUGGGCGUUGAUCCGUAAACACAAACAUUUAAAGGAAAAUGAAACUUCAAUUAAAGAUGGCAGGAAACCAGAGAAAAAGUUCGUUUGCAAUAAGGAUGAACCAAUCGAAGUUGUACGUGAAGCUGCAACCCAGAACAUUGUAUAUAUAAAUUUGAUUGAAGACUCCUAAUUGCUUUUGGAU